AUCUCAAAUCCAUAAGACGCCAAUCCAGCCGCCCAACUCUCAAUCCCACGCAAAAGCGUUCUGGCUGUGGCGCACUUCUGUGUUUACAUUUUGGGGAAAUUUUUUUCUUACCUUCCCGUUCUUGGCCGGGUUAGCGCUUUAAGAUGAAUGCUCUUGUUCCCAAUCCUCUUUGCCAGUGAUUCUAUAAAUUGGACUAUUCAUUCGAAGCUGAGGGAUCCCUCCUGUUAUGCGUAAGGCUUAGGGUGCUAUCAUAUCCUUUUCUUCUUUUCUAAGAACCUGACGAAGUUAUAGAAGUUUCAGAUGUUUCAGAAUCAGUUUUCCAGGCCUUCAUCUUUCAAAGGAUCGCUCAAGGCCCUGGAGGCUGACAUCCAGCAUGCCAACUCCUUGGCUCAUGCUGUGCAGAGAGCAUAUGGUGGUGCUUGCCUGCAGAUGAAACUGUCUUAUGGUCCUCUGGCUCCGAUUUUCGUCUUUCUUCUGCAGUGGAUGCACUGUGUCCCGACUUAUGUGCUUUCCAGUAAUCUAGGGCUUCUUCAAAUACUUGUGUACAAGGUGUAUGUUGACGGAAAAUCGUCGAUAUCUGCACACGAGAGGAGAGCCAGUAUUAGAGAAUUCUAUGGUAUCAUUUAUCCUUCUCUUCAACAAUUAGAAAGCAACCUGUUGGAGAAAAAAGAGACCUUUGACAGAGUUAGAAGCAAAGAUAUUGUUGGAAGAAAACGAGCAGAAGAGUGGCGGAAGAAGCUUUCGGAUAAGGAUUUGGAGAGAGAUGAUGAGUGUGGUAUUUGCCUGGAAAUCUGCACCAAGAUGGUUCUUCCUAGCUGCAAUCAUGCAAUGUGUAUAAAUUGUUACCAUGACUGGAACACAAGGUCACAGUCCUGCCCCUUUUGCAGGGCAAGCCUUAAAAGAGUUCGUUCUAGAGACCUAUGGGUGCUAACAAGCAAUUGUGAUGUGGUGGAUACAGAGACUAUAGAAAAGGAGAAUGUAAGGCAUUUCUUUUGCUAUAUUGAUAGUUUGCCUCUCAACAUUCCAGACACACUUUUCUUGGUCUAUUAUGAUUACUUGUUCUGAGGUAAAAAUCCGAAGUGCGAUCUGUAGAUAUAAGGAGAGUGGAAUACAAACUGCACCAAAGCCAUCCAUCUCUAUUUGAUUGAGUUUGGCUGGAGAGAAAUCUCUUUCAUAAUUUUAAAAUUCUCCUAACAUAGUUGAUUAACUAGUUUGUAGAUUAAUGCU